CAUUAUCCAAUCCGCGUGAGAGUUUGAAAGUGCGGGGCGUGUUCAUGACCCGCAUGUUCCGGGUUCUUGGCUGGGGGUGGAAGGCUGUUCAGAUUCUCUGCCCAUGUCCUCCCUGGCACCGGGGAUCGGCGUGUCCAUGACCGGGGAAGGAGGUGUGGAACCCGGCUGCGGCUGUAAGGGGAUUCGCUCUUGUCUGAUAUGCGAAAAACAAAACGAGAGUAAAAUCAACGCAAACGGGCAGACUCCACAGCAGACUCGCUCCCGGUUUGUGUACGAGCCGGCCUCGGGGCUGGCGGUGGCCGAGGGGGAACUUGACGCUGGCCGGAGGUCCUUCCCUUUCCCGGGAGUCUUCCUGUGUGAGGACUUUGUGAGCGAGGAGGAGGAGAGGGAGAUGGUGCAGCAGAUGGAUCUGGACGAGUGGAAGCAAUCUCAGUCUGGACGAAGAAAGCAGGACUAUGGGCCCAAGGUGAACUUCAAGAAGCGCAGGCUGAAGGCGGCUGGUUUCAGCGGGCUGCCCGGGUUCAGCAGGCUGGUGGUGAGACGCAUGAAGGAGCAGCCGGUCCUGAAGGACUUCCAGCCUGUAGAGCAGUGCAACCUGGACUACCACCCCCGGCGCGGCUCCUCCAUCGACCCCCACCUGGACGACAGCUGGCUGUGGGGCGAGCGCCUGGUCACCCUCAACCUGCUGUCGGACACGGUGCUGACCAUGAGCCGCGCCAGCACCGUGGAGCCGCAGUGCACAGGGGGGGUGGAGGUCUCCAUCCCCUUGCCCAGGAGGUCUCUGCUGGUCCUGUACAGGGAGGCGCGGUUCCAGUGGAAGCACAGCAUUCGCCGGGAGGAUGUAGCCGAUCGGCGGGUCUGCAGCACUUUCAGGGAGCUGUCAGCGGAGUUUCUGCCUGGAGGGGAGCAGGAGGGGCUGGGCUCUGAACUGCUGGGUAUAGCCCUGGGCUUCCGAGGGGUCCCGCUGUAACACAGUGAAUUAGCAAGUCACACUGGUUUAGCCUCAUCAGAACAACGGAGAGGUAUUGCUUGAGGUUAUAAUGGACUGGAAACAGUGUUUGGUCGCCUUUUCUAAAGUAAGCAAUAGGUUUCCCACAAGUACAAUGUGCCCCCUUUACUACCCAUACAGAAAGGUGCACUCGUGACUGCCAGACUGGCACAGCAUUCAAUGUGUUACCAAAACAGAUACCCCACUAUGCCCUUAAGUGGCCAGACAGCUGUGCCGAGUCACAUGGAACUUUCUUUCAGAGCGAAUCUAUCACAAGUUUCAGGCUGCUGAUAACCAUAACAUUUUAUGUAGCUUUCCAGAACUUAAUCAUAAAACUAUGUUUGUUGGUUUAAUUUUAAGAAAGCUGUAGUAGACAGUGUAAGUACAGUUUCUGUUAAUGCCAUCUGUAGUUCACCCAGCUUUAAAGAUUAAGCAGCGGGGUUCAGAAAAUAGUGUUACACGUCCCCACGUGCUGCUAUAACUGUUUAAAUAACGUACCUGUCAUUUUUCUUUUCAUUGUUAACAUCCUGACAACGUAUUACACUUAUAACUUUAAAGUCUGUUUCAAAGCUUGUUUCAAAAUGUCCGAUCCAGUGCACUGGGGUUUGAGAUCUGUCCUCUAAAUCACUGCAGGAAGAGAAAUACAAAAAAAACAUAACAUAACAAGUGCUCUGGCUUUUCUGUUCCGUACCACAUCAUGGAUCGUUAUUGCUGUGUUACCUGUUUGACAGUGUGGGCAAUAAUCCUUACACUAUCAGUGCACUAGAGCUGACAUUUUGAAAAGAGCUUUGAAACAGACUUAGAUGUAAGUGUAAAAUUGUCAGGAUGUUAACAAUUAAAUGAAAAUACAGGUACGUUAUUUAAACAGUUGUAGCAACACGUGGGGACGUGUAACGAUAUAUUUUUCAAAACCUCGCUACUUCAUAUCAGUAUAAUGACUUGUAAUCCAUUUGAAUCUUGAGAUCAAUAAACACAUUUUAAAGGAA